UACCACCUUAGCAAGCUUUCUCCGGCCGGCCAUAUGAUAUAAUAUGAUCUCAGAGACCGACCCCACAAAUUAAAAAGCUAAAGAUAGAUAGAAGGUCGAUCAGAACGAAAGAAAUCAAAGAAGCUUAGCUUGCUGGAUUAUUUAUUAAUUAUAUGUAUUAAAGGUAGGUAGGGUGAUCGAGGGCGGAUCGAUGAGCUGCGGCGGCGGCAGUGGGGGUGGGGGCCCUUGCGGGGCGUGCAAGUAUCUGAGGAGGAAGUGCGUGAGUGGGUGCGUGUUCGCGCCCUACUUCGAGUCGGAUCAGCUGGGCACGGCUCACUUCGCCGCCGUGCACAAGGUGUUCGGGGCCAGCAACGCUUCCAAAAUGCUCAUGGCCAUUCCCGACAACCGCCGCCUUGAAGCCGUCGUCACUCUCUGCUACGAAGCCCUCGCUAGGGUUAGAGACCCCGUCUACGGCUGCGUCGCCCACAUCUUCACUCUCCAACACCAGGUUGUUAAUUUGCAAGCAGAGUUGGCUUAUGUUCAAGCGCGGCUAUCAGCGCUCCGUCACCAGCAGCGGCGGCUUCCAGAGCGAUCUUGUGAGAUGAGUUUAGGCGCCGCCGGCAAGGGGUUGAAGCUUGACCCGGCCGCUUCUCUUGAAGUAGUAGUCCCACACAACUCAGCCGCCGCAGCUGCCGGUGGGGACGUAUCAUUACCCUGCAUUGCGUUGGACCACACACCAAUUGCAAUCUCAUCGGACACUGCUGCUGCUACUACAAGAUCAGUCGGCGGCGGCGGCGGCGGCCAUUCCCAUAAUGAACAGCAGCAGCUGCAGGUUACUUCGGACCUCCACAUGUUAGCUUGGGAAUUCGUGUCUAAGCACUUGCCAGCGGCAGGAUCUAUGACGUGGCACACUAUCACCAGAAGUGGCGCGCAGCUGGCAGAAGUUAAACGGCUGGAACGUGGAAUAAAGGAACAAUCAUUGCACAACGGCCGAGACGUUACAAGAGUCCCAUUCGAGCUAAUGCAUCAUUAAUAGCAUUUUUUGUAUCAGUUUCUUUUUGUAACAUUAGUUCCUUAUCCUAUAAAUACAACUUGUAAACCUCCAAGAAGGGGAUCGAUCAAUAAAACAUUGCCUUACGCUGCCACUGCACAUUAUCAUCUGCU